AUGCACCAGAGGGCUUCUUUCAGGCACCUGCUCCUGCUGCUACAACUGGCACUGCUCCUAGGAGCCACUCAGGGGAGGGAAGUGGUGCUGGGUAAGGCAGGAGGUGAGGUGGACCUACCCUGCAAAGCAUCCCAGAAGAAGAGCAUGGCAUUCACCUGGAAAGAUUCUCUAGGAACCAUGAUUCUGAGGUCUCAUGACUUCCCCAGUAUGACUUUAAAUUUGCUUAAAGGUACGUCCAAGCAGAGCAAUCGUGUCGACUCAAAAAAAGCUCUGUGGAAGGAAGGAUCCUUUCCUCUGGUCAUCAGGAAUCUUGAGAUAACAGACUCAGGGAUUUACAGCUGUACAGUGGAUAACAAGGACACAGAAGUGGAACUUGUGGUGUUCAAAUUGAAUGCCAAGUUGGAUUUCCAAAAUCGCAUCCAAUUGCUGCAGGGGCAGAGCUUGACCCUGACCUUGGAGAGCCCCUCUGGUAGAAACCCUUCAGUGGAAUGGAAAGGUCCAGGGAAUAGAGAACGGAGUAGGGGCAAGAGCCUCUCACUGUCCCGGCUGGAGUUUCAGGACAGUGGCACCUGGACAUGCACCGUCUCCCUGGACACGAACAAACUGGUGUUUGAGAUAAACAUCUUGGUGCUGGCGUUCCGGAAGGUCUCUGACACGGUCUAUACAAAAGUGGGGGAGCCCGUGGAGUUCUCCUUCCCACUCACCUUUGAGGAUGAAGACCUGGUGGGAGAGCUGAGCUGGCAGGAGGAGGGGACCUCCUCCCUUCAGUCCUGGGUCACCUUCUCCUUGAAGAACAGGAAGGUGUCUAAGGGGACGGUGCGCAAAGACCGGAAGAUCCAGCUGAAGGAGACGCUGCCCCUCCACUUCAGCCUGCCCCAGGCCUCGCUGCAGGACGUCGGUUCUGGACACCUGACCCUGAACCUCAGCCAGGGGCAGUUGCAUCAGAAAGUGAACCUCGUGGUGAUGAGAAUGACCAAGUCCCAGAACCAAGUGACCUGUGAGGUGUUGGGGCCCAGCCCCCCCAAGCUGACUCUGAGCUUGAAGUUGCACAACCAGUCUGCAAAGGUUUCAAGUCAGGAGAAGCAGGUGCAGCUGCUGAACCCUGAGGUAGGGACGUGGCAUUGUCUACUGACCGACAAGAACCAAGUCCUGCUGGAAUCCAGUGUCGAGGUUUUGUACCCAGAGUUAACCCAGUCCUGGCCAAAGCUCCUGGCCAUUGUGCUAGGCAGCUUUCUGGUUUUCACUGGGAUCUGCAUCUUCUGCUGUGUCAAAUGCUGGCACCGGAGGCGCAAGGAAGAGCGGAUGUCUCAGAUCAAGAGACUCCUCAGUGAGAAGAAGACCUGCCAAUGCCCCCACCGGUUCCAGAAGACAUGCAUCUGA